AUGUCUCGUACGGUUCCCCGAUGCUACCUAACACCAAUCUUAGUGGCCUCGCGGAUUGUUGCUGCCAUCUCGUCAUGGCUCCCAAUCUUACAGAGCAUAUCAAAUACAGUUGGCGACUCGAAGAUAGCAGAUCACGACGAGUCGUUGAGGAUAACUGGAAACAUCAUUCAAUGCCUAUCAAUUCUUCAGGGUGUAUCUUUGUUACACAAACCCAGCAAGGACUUUCUUUGCAGACGCUGGUGUUUAGAGCUUCUUUUGGACCUCCUUGUCCUGUCGAAAUACCUCAAUCCUUCUAAAGAUGCGCCAAAAUCCUCCGACGGGCCCGUGCCUACUUGCCUAGCCAGCGCUGUAUUGGAUACAUUGCUGUGCGUCCUAGUCGAUGCCCCAGCGGUGCUUAGACUGUUUGAAGAGCUCAAUGGAUUAGAGGUUCUAGUCCGAACACUCAAGCGACCAGGAGUGACCCAAGAGACUAGGAUGAAAUGUCUAGAGUUUCUCUACUUCUAUCUCCUUCCGGAAGAGGAUCCACUUUCGGUUGAAGGACAGCAAGCCAUCGACUUGUCGGCGUCCCAAGGCUCUCAAACAGCAUCAGACACUUCCGACGACGAGUUUGCACCAAAUCCCAAGGUAGCCGAGCUCAGGUUACUGAGAAACGACAUCGACUUUACGCCGGCUACGCCGAUCAAACAAAAGAAACGACCAGUCAUUGGAGGUGUUCCCACCCCAAACUUGUCCUCGAAGCAUCGACAUGGAACCCAUGAUGAUGGCUCAUUCUCCAACCCCUUAUCCCGUGACCAUGGCCAUGCGCGAGGCACGUCCGAGGUCACACUCGUCCCUAGUUCGAGCUCUGGAUCCCUAAUCGAAUCUGGGGAUGACACACCCCGCACUCCCAUCAAGCUUCUGCGGGCCCAUCGUUCUGGCGCGUCAAAGGAGUCCGACUCGGAAGGCUCGCUUGAUCGAGUUCAAACACCACAACGGCGACAUUUAAGAGAGGCAUCCUACGCUGAUAACACAUUGGUGAAUAAUCCUUUUGACGAGAGGACGCCGAAACCUGCACGUCAGAAGAUGCCUUUCCCAAGCUCUCUUCCGCCUACCAACGUGACUCGUAAAGGAGAAAAGAUGUUACUCACCACAGACGAGAAAACGCAGUUGUUAGCCAAACAUUUGGGCAAUGUACAUGCCUUGGUGGCGGGGAUGAAGCAUACUGGUAUCUGGGGUCUACAUUGA